AUGUCCUUCAAAGCCUCUUGCAUACUUCAUGGUGCUCGUCGAGCACCCUUGACAUCAAAACAAGCUGGCGUAGGUUUUUACAAAGGAACUGGUAGCCAUCCCGCUCUAGGUCCGAAAUCACAAGGUGCACAUGGAUCAGGUCGAAAAUAUGCAAAGACAUACCGUCUUGAUCCAGAUAAGAUGAGGUCUUUUGUGGUUCCGGAUGUCGUACUUGAUUUUAAACAAAUCUUGGCUCGUUCAGAUCUUAGACCUUAUACCGAAUCUACAAAAUUAUUAUCUCCAAAAGAUGAUCCUAAUCCUUGGCCAGUCGAUCGACGUAAAUCUCGUUCCAAAGUACUCGAGCAGAAGGCACCAUGGCAUAAUCCUCAAAGUGUAUUUUCAAAGGACGGCUUUGAUGAUAUCUAUUUCCGACAAUUGAUGAAGCAUUUGAGACAACAGCCUCCUCGAGAAAAAGUCGAAGAAACAUCACUUCGCCUCCAAGACCCGCCAGUCACCGGAUAA